AUGCAAAACUCAAGAACAAAAGCAGAGCAGCAGCUACAUAAAGCGAAACUCGCCAACAGCUACCAGCAAUUGCUGAACCAGUUUGAGAGCAAAGACCUUACGCAUGUCGGCAACUACACCGUCGGCCGACUGGUGGGGAAAGGCAGUUUCGGCAAGGUAUAUCUUGCGCGGAACGAUCUCAUAAAUGGCUCAAAGGUUGUGCUGAAGGCCUCGAGUAAGGAAGAUCAUAAUCUGGCAAAAGAGGUCCAUUGGCACCGUCAAUUCGUACACCCUCAUAUCGCGCGACUAUACGAGGUCAUAGUCACCGAACUCAAUGUAUACCUCGUCCUCGAGUACUGCCCCGGAAACGAACUCUAUGACCACAUCUGCCGUCACGGGCCUCUAGCCGUCGAGAAGGCCCAAAAGAUCUUCACACAGCUCGUUGGAGCCGUCGCAUACAUCCAUUCCAAGUCCUGUGUCCAUCGCGACCUGAAGCUCGAGAAUGUGCUACUUGACAAGCGCGAUAAUGUCAAGCUCAUUGACUUCGGCUUCACAAGAGAAUAUGAGGGCAAGGCCAGCUACCUGCAGACCUUCUGUGGUACUGUAUGCUACAGUGCACCGGAAAUGCUCAAGGGCGAGAAGUACGCCGCCGAAAAGGUCGAUGUCUGGAGUCUGGGCAUAAUUCUGUUCGCGCUGCUAAAGGGCGAGUUGCCCUUUGACGAAGACGACGAUGCUAUCACAAAAGAGAACAUCCUAAAAGAAGAUCCGAAAUUCCCAGACACGUUCCCGGAAGCUGCAACUACCCUGAUCCGGAAGAUGCUGUCAAAACGGUCGUUCCACCGGCCAACCCUGGCGGAUGUGCUUGCCGACCCGUUUCUGGUUAACGACGCCCCAGCGCAACAAGCAAUCCUCAAGCUCUCACAACCCGCGCCUUUCACGACAGAGUUGGAAAAGCACACCCUGGAACGGCUUAAGUCCGCGGGUGUUGAUAUCGACAAAGUCAUCGAAAGCGUCCUGGCGCAACGUUGCGAUGCUCUGGCAGGAUGGUGGACCCUUCUUUACGAGAAAGAACAACGUAAAGAAGUGCGGCGAGAGAAGAAACGCAAGGAAAGGGAUGCAGAAAUGAAACUUUUGCGACGUUUGAGCGGCGCAUCUGGUAGAUUCAGUACCACUCAACCAACUCUCCCUGAAGUGGACGAAGAGGGUGCGCCAGGUCAUCAAACGAACGGCUUGCGCACUCGGAGCAACAGUAGGGGCCGAAGAAACAGGCGCAGCACACCGCAAAUCCUUGUUAGCGACUUGCCGCAGCUGCCAGAGGGCAGCCCAAUGUAUUCUCCGGGUGCUAUGACACCACCCAAACCCGUCGACAAGGACAGUAUCCGAUCCCGAAGCACCUCGCGGACGGCAAGGCCUCCUCUCCCGCCCAAAAGCGCGUCACGAGAAUGGAAGCGACGAAGCUCAAACCUGCAGUUAGUCACCUCAAAUUCCGAUAUGCUUGGUCCGGCCAAUGGAAUCAAUAAGCGCGGCGGUCAGACGCGAGCUGGCAGACAGAGAAGAAACAAUCAGUUUCUCAACCAGCUCUCUAAUCUCAAGCAUUGGUUUGUCGAGUCCACCAAACGAGCCAGAAGCCCGUUGGGCAAGCUUGACUCUCGAGGUUCAGGCUCACAGAAAUCUCCUAUCAGCUCCAAGAUAACCCUCACCCCUGACAAACAGAGAUCGCAACCUCAACUCUCUCUCCACACACCUCUGAGCCCGGGCGAACGCCCAACACACGACCGCGCUCUUUCCGGCACCUCCAGUGUUAUGACUCGCAACUCCUCCUACGGCAAUACUUUGACACCUGUCACUUCCGCAAAUCAGGUUAACGGCGUGGCCAAACUCGACACCUCCCGGCAUCAUCAAAAGACUGGCUCAAACGGUACACGCGCCUCACUUUCCCCGUCUCCUCUGACACCCCGUGGCUCUCAAUCCCGCCGCCUUUCUUCCGGCCCUGGCCUACGAGGUCGCAAAUCAACCUCGUCCUCUGUGUCUUCUAUUCGCAGCAUGCCCCGGCACGCGGGCCACAGUAAGGCCUCCUCCCAAUCCAGCAACAGUAUGGACACGAUCCAUUCACCCAGUGCCAGUCGUACAUCUUCUCUGCUUCACCACACUUCACGCUCACCACACCAUUCUCUCAAAGUUCUGCCCGCUGGUCCUGUCUUCAGCUCUAGCGGCCGGCUGGUACGUACCGGUGGCGAUGACGCCUCUUCUGGACAUUCAAGCCAAGCUCCGAUAUCUAAAUUCAACGAAGCGAUGAUUGGCUCGAAUGCAGGCGGCGUCAUGUUCGCACGCCGCAAGAAGACGGCGUUUAAAGGGCCGAACCUGAGUGCGGGACUGUUUGGCCAGAGUGUAACUGCGCCGCUUGGAAGCCCAGCGAUCUUCGGCCGGCAACGUGAAGGGAGCGAUGGCACCACGAAUCGGAUUUUUGGGCGCAGAAAAAGCGGAAAUGCUGUCGGUGCGGCUGUCGCUGGCGCCGGCGCCGGAGCAGGAGCAGCGACUCUCGGCAUCCCUGAAGAGCAAGAAGAGACACCGGGCAAGCGCAAGAGUGUUAUCGUCGAGGAGGACGAGGAGGAAGAGGAAGCUGCGAUGAAUCACCACAGCAGCAGAAACAGGCCGGCGCAUGCGCACAGCGGCAUCCUUGAGGAAGAAGAUGAAGAGGAGGACGAGGACGUUGAGGAAGUCGACACCUUUGACGAACCCGUGCUCCACCCUGGCGAACGCUUAGACUCCAUCACCUUCAUUGAAGAUCCUCCCGUUCUCGGCAAGGACAUUGGUGCCGGCCUUCGCAAGUAUUCCAGCCAGGCGCUUGUUAUGAGCCCCGCCGAGACGCCACUAGAAACACCUAAAAUCAGCAUUGAUGGCACUGCCGGCACCACAGGGCCCAACAGCCCGGGCACUGCCAGCGAGAUUGGUGUCGGCCAGAGCGCCAGUACGCCCAGGCUGGACUUGGGAAGGGAGUGGUCGAAGUGA